AUCAAUAUAUAUAGCUGAAAUUUGCAUAACAUGUUAUGGGAAAUGAAUCAUAGUGUGGAAAGAAAACAAUUUCCAAUUCUCAAAACUUCGUUCCAAAAAGUCUGCGUUCUUCCCGUCCCAUUAUUUGAAGAAAAGAGGACAGAAGAAGAACAAAUAUCACAUAAAAGACCAAAAAGGAGAAGAAGAAGAAGAGAAAUUCAAGGCAGUCAUGGCAGGAGACUCCAAAGGCGCCUCUCUGGAAUACACUCCGACAUGGGCACUCGCCACCGUUUGCUUUUUCUUCAUCUUCACCUCCCUUGUCAUCGAGCACUCCAUCCAUCUCCUUGUCAACUUUCUCAGAAGGCACAGGAAAACUGCCUUGAUGGACGCGGUUGAGAAGCUCAAAUCAGAGUUGAUGCUUAUGGGAUUUGUGUCACUUUUGCUGGCAAUAACCCAAAAUUCGAUAUCUAAAAUCUGUAUAUCUGCAAAGGUGGGAAACAUCAUGCUUCCAUGUCGCAGAAAUGAGACAACCAAAAAAGAAGAUGUCGAGAAAUUUGUGACUGUGAAUAAGAUUGUGACAAACUUUUCGACCGGUGCAAAUAGUUUGUAUGAUGAAAUACUAAGGCAAAUAUCAGUGCAUAGGCGACUUGCAGAGGACGAUGCAGAUGCUACAGGUUCUUGCGGUGAGGGAAAAUUACCUUUCAUGACGAAAGAUGCUCUUCAUCAGCUUCACAUACUUAUUUUUGCGCUGGCGGUUAUGCAUAUUGUGUAUAGUGUUCUUACCAUGGCUUUGGGGAGGGCCAAGAUGACGCGCUGGGAAGCUUGGGAGCAAGAAACUCGAACAAUGGAGUACCAAGUUGAGAAUGAUCCCAACCGGUUCAGGAUUACCAGGCAAACAACAUUUGGAAGAAGGCACAUGAAUUCUAGUUCAGAAACGUCAUUUCAUCUGUGGAUGAGAUGUUUUUUGAGGCAAUUCCAUAACUCAGUGGCAAAAGUUGACUACAUCACCAUGAGACAUGGCUUCAUAGCGGCUCAUUUGCCAAGCAGGCAAAGCUUUGAUUUCCAAAAAUACAUACAGCGAUCUUUGGAGGAAGAUUUCAAGAUCAUGGUUGCAAUCAGCCCCUUAAUGUGGUUUGCAGUAGCAAUUCUCAUGCUCCUCGACGUGUAUGGUUGGUAUGUAUAUCUCUGGCUUUCCUAUGUUCCACUCUUGGUCGUUCUGGUUCUAGGAACCAAACUUCAGUAUAUCGUUGCAAAAAUGGCUCUUCAAAUUAAAGAUCAGAACAGUGUGAUCGUCGGAACACCACUUGUGCGAGUAAACGACGAUCUCUUCUGGUUCAGGAAACCUAGAUUUGUCUUGGUGCUGCUACAUUAUACUCUAUUUUUGAAUGCAUUUGAGCUGGCCUUCUUCAUUUGGGUUACAAUCCAAUUCGGGUUCACAUCGUGCUACCACGAGCACACUGUGGUCAUUAUUACGAGGAUUUUCUUAGCGGUGGCUACUCAAGUCCUCUGCAGCUACAUCACUCUUCCUCUCUAUGCACUUGUCACACAGAUGGGUUCACAGUUCAAGGGUAAGAUUAUGGAAGAUAACAUGGCAGACAUUUUAAAGCAAUGGCAUGCUGAGGUGAGGAAUAGAAGGAGAAAGGAACAACAAACUCCGCAAUCAGCAAGAACAUCUUUCUCCACCGAUUGGAGCUCCGUGAGGAAUAGCCUUUCAGAAAUGCCUUCUUAUAUAAGAAGGGUUUUCAAACCAGAUGAACCAGCUGAAAGCAGUGUCCAGUUGUCUAACAGAGGGAAUGUACAAGACGAGAUAGUAGAACAAGAGGGAAGCUCAAGGGGUUAUAGAAGAAAUGGGGAUUAUGGGGCUUGAGUAGAAUCAGAAAGCUGUAAUUAGUAUAUACAGAAAAUUACAGGGAAAUACACGUCAAUCAUCAUAGUAUAGGGAUGAGACUUCUCCUAUUGCUUGUAAAUUGAAAAACCAUUACCAUGUUUGGUUUCUAGUAUUGAAUUGGAUAGGAUGACUGAUUGGCAACAAGGUAUGUUGUCAAAUCUAGUGAGUUAUCCAAUGCGAACCAAUCAUAGGGAUCAAACUUCGUCUAACUUUAAUUUGCACUGUAUCUCUAUACAAAGUAGUUUAGGAACUUGAAUUAUUCUUUA